AAUAUUCUACUGUGAGCGUGAUUGAUUUAUAAUUAUGAAAAAGCAACUUAGUUUGCAUGAUUUGUUGAUAGCACUGGUCAUGUUGAGUAUAUGUGGAGCCUUGAAGGCAUGGAAUAUUGAGCAGAGUGCGGAAAAUAAAGCGGUUUUUGACACCGUGCUUCAUUUUGCAGGUACUAACUGACUUGUCCAUUUGCUAAGCUUCAUCCCACCGGGCAGUUUUCCUGCACAACAGCUGUUACAGUCCCAUUCUCACCUGGCCCCUGUGCCAGUUCGGAAGCCUUUGAGCAGCACUCGCGCCUCCUGCGCCGCCGCCACCCCCCAUCCAAGGAUAUGCCUUCAAGCCUCCACCUAGACCCGACUUUGGGACCUCCGGGAGAACAAUCAAAUUACAGGCCAAUUUCUUCGAAAUGGACAUCCCCAAAAUUGACAUCUAUCAUUAUGAAUUGGAUAUCAAGCCAGAGAAGUGCCCGAGGAGAGUUAACAGGGAAAUCGUGGAACACAUGGUCCAGCACUUUAAAACACAGAUCUUUGGGGAUCGGAAGCCCGUGUUUGACGGCAGGAAGAAUCUAUACACAGCCAUGCCCCUUCCGAUUGGGAGGGACAAGGUGGAGCUGGAGGUCACGCUGCCAGGAGAAGGCAAGGAUCGCAUCUUCAAGGUGUCCAUCAAGUGGGUGUCCUGCGUGAGCUUGCAGGCAUUACACGAUGCACUUUCAGGGCGGCUGCCCAGCGUCCCUUUUGAGACGAUCCAGGCCCUGGACGUGGUCAUGAGGCACUUGCCAUCCAUGAGGUACACCCCCGUGGGCCGCUCCUUCUUCACCGCGUCCGAGGGCUGCUCCAACCCUCUUGGCGGGGGCCGAGAAGUGUGGUUUGGCUUCCAUCAGUCCGUCCGGCCUUCUCUCUGGAAAAUGAUGCUGAAUAUUGAUGUGUCGGCAACAGCGUUUUACAAGGCACAGCCAGUAAUCGAGUUUGUUUGUGAAGUUUUGGAUUUUAAAAGUAUUGAAGAACAACAAAAACCUCUGACAGAUUCCCAAAGGGUAAAGUUUACCAAAGAAAUUAAAGGUCUAAAGGUGGAGAUAACGCAUUGUGGGCAGAUGAAGAGGAAGUACCGCGUCUGCAACGUGACCCGGCGGCCCGCUAGUCACCAAACAUUCCCGCUGCAGCAGGAGAGCGGGCAGACGGUGGAGUGCACGGUGGCCCAGUACUUCAAGGACAGGCACAAGUUGGUUCUGCGCUACCCCCACCUCCCAUGUUUACAAGUCGGACAGGAGCAGAAACACACCUACCUUCCCCUGGAGGUCUGUAACAUAGUGGCAGGACAAAGAUGUAUUAAAAAAUUAACGGACAAUCAGACCUCAACCAUGAUCAGAGCGACUGCUAGGUCGGCGCCCGAUCGUCAAGAAGAGAUUAGCAAAUUGAUGCGAAGUGCAAGUUUCAACACAGAUCCAUACGUCCGUGAAUUUGGAAUCAUGGUCAAAGAUGAGAUGACAGACGUGACUGGGCGGGUGCUGCAGCCGCCCUCCAUCUUGUACGGGGGCAGGAAUAAAGCGAUCGCGACCCCUGUCCAGGGCGUCUGGGACAUGCGGAACAAGCAGUUCCACACGGGCAUUGAGAUCAAGGUGUGGGCCAUCGCGUGCUUCGCCCCCCAGCGCCAGUGCACGGAAGUCCAUCUGAAGUCCUUCACAGAGCAGCUCAGAAAGAUCUCGAGAGACGCCGGCAUGCCCAUCCAGGGCCAGCCGUGCUUCUGCAAAUACGCCCAGGGGGCGGACAGCGUGGAGCCCAUGUUCCGGCACCUGAAGAACACGUAUGCGGGCCUGCAGCUGGUGGUGGUCAUCCUGCCCGGAAAGACACCCGUGUACGCUGAGGUCAAGCGCGUGGGAGACACGGUGCUGGGGAUGGCCACGCAGUGCGUGCAGAUGAAGAACGUGCAGAGGACCACGCCGCAGACCCUGUCCAACCUCUGCCUGAAGAUCAACGUCAAGCUGGGAGGCGUGAACAACAUCCUGCUGCCCCAGGGCAGGCCGCCAGUGUUCCAGCAGCCCGUCAUCUUUCUGGGAGCGGACGUCACUCAUCCCCCCGCCGGGGACGGGAAGAAGCCCUCCAUUGCCGCCGUGGUGGGCAGCAUGGACGCCCACCCCAAUCGCUACUGCGCCACCGUGCGCGUGCAGCAGCACCGGCAGGAGAUCAUACAAGACCUGGCCGCCAUGGUCCGCGAGCUCCUCAUCCAGUUCUACAAGUCCACGCGCUUCAAGCCCACCCGCAUCAUCUUCUACCGCGACGGCGUCUCCGAAGGCCAGUUCCAGCAGGUUCUCCACCACGAGUUGCUGGCCAUCCGUGAGGCCUGUAUCAAGCUGGAAAAAGACUACCAGCCCGGGAUCACCUUCAUCGUGGUGCAGAAGAGGCACCACACCCGGCUCUUCUGCACUGACAAGAACGAGCGGGUUGGGAAAAGUGGAAACAUUCCAGCAGGCACGACUGUGGACACGAAAAUCACCCACCCCACCGAGUUCGACUUCUACCUGUGUAGUCACGCUGGCAUCCAGGGGACAAGCAGGCCUUCGCACUAUCACGUCCUCUGGGAUGACAAUCGUUUCUCCUCUGAUGAGCUGCAGAUCCUAACCUACCAGCUGUGUCACACUUACGUGCGCUGCACACGCUCCGUGUCCAUCCCAGCGCCAGCAUACUAUGCCCACCUGGUGGCCUUCCGGGCCAGGUACCACCUGGUGGAUAAGGAACAUGACAGUGCUGAAGGAAGCCAUACCUCUGGGCAGAGUAACGGGCGAGACCACCAAGCACUGGCCAAGGCGGUCCAGGUUCACCAAGACACUCUGCGCACCAUGUACUUUGCUUGACAUGUUUUAGUGUUUAGCGAUUGUGUACCGAGUGGGAUUCAUGAGACCAGCUACACUCAGACCAACAGAUGGCCAGCCCUUCCGUGACAGCCAGCAUCGAACAUGAGACGUCAUUGAUUUUAUGAGAUUCUCCGUUUUCCAGAAUGCCUUCCGUCCCAGAUUUCAAACUUGGAUUUUGAACUGCAGACCUGUAUGAGAACCCAGUGUCAUAGGAAAUAUGGUUUGCUAAAAUCUAUAAGCUGCUUAUUAAAAUAGAGUCCCGUGCAUCCUAAAAAUCUCCUAAAACCAGUCUAUGAACUCAGGGCUUUAAAACAUUUUUAAUUUAUUUGGUCAUUCAAUUUACUUGUUUUUAAUACAUGAUUCUCUAUGAAAUUGAUGGGCUCAAACUAGCUGUGAAUCUUCUGAGAGUGAAAGCGACACAAAACACAAGUGUGGUUUUAAAGCCUUGAACAUUCUGAUGUUGUCACUAAAGUUGAUUUCCAGGCGAUGCUCGCGUGCCCCGGCGUGGCUCACCCAAGUUCCUCGACUGAGGGCCGGUGGCCAUGCAGAGGCGUCCGCAGGUGCCGUGUUCUGCCAGCACCGCCCUUCACCCGGCCUGAGCUAAGGAGCAGUGGCAGAAGGUGGGCCCCGUGUGUUUACAGCAUUUCCAGGUCCAGAGAGGUUGGCAGACAAGUGCCAUUUUAAUAAAAAAUGUAUUUAAAAAAAGAAAAAAGACAAUAUACUGACAGUCUAAUCAUCAGAUUUGUCCUAUAGGACUGUGACAUUUAUUUUCCAAAGUUUUUAAAGAAUACGGGUCUGUGGUGAUAAAUACAGUACAAUCCUUUUUCACUGUUGUCUUUAAUGUAAGAGAAAAAUAUAUAUAUCUGGUUUGCAGUAUUAAUGUGAUAGAUAGAUGCUGUUUUUUCAUUUUAUUGACUAUGGGGUGCUUCUGUGAUCUGUUUAGCAUAUCGAGAGUGUUCUGGAGCCUGGAGAUGGGACCGCCUCUCAGUUCUUAGUGCUUACAGACGGGAAUAUGCAAUUGACUUAAUGUGACAGCAACCCUCUUCCCCCCGUGGAGACUGUGCAGCGUGUACCCAUGGGAGGGGCGGAUGUGCCCUCCGCGCCGCUCGCCACCCUCCCUGCCGCCUCGUCCCCAUGUGUCACUCACUCAGCUGAUGAAGCACAAGUGGAAAUUAUUUAUUCUUGCAUUGCUGGGAAACAUUGAUGUGUCGGGACUCACUCCUCUCCGUGUGCGCUUUUGUCAGAUGACUUUCAUAGAUGUAUGCACUGAGAUUUCGUAGAAAGCUGUCGGUGGUGGCUCUGCUGGGCGUGAGGCCGUCGGUCACAGCGAAGGAGCCUGCCCGGCCCUGGGAGGCCCCAGGAUAGCAGGGCCAGCAGAGGGCAUGGGCCAUUCUUCUGGGGUUUGCAUUUGGGCCCCAGACGUGGGUUUGCCAAUCUAGAAACUGUUGCACUAAGAGUGACACCACGGACGAUUUUGAAGGCUAACAACAGACAACUCUGUGCUGAGUGGGCUUUUUGUCUCUGUACACAGUUUUAGUAAGACUCAAAUCCAUGUUCCGUGUAGAGGUGUCAGGAAGGAGGCGAGCCUCCCCUAGUGCUGCUGUGCGCUCCGUAGGUCCCCUCUUCCCGCUGCUGUUCCCUCCCCGGCCCUGCGCGACACUUACCUCGGCACUGUGGUGGAGUGGGGUGCCAAAGGAGCUGCCUCCUGCUGAGUGGCACCCCUCCACCUUUGUGCUCAGCUGCUUUGGAGGCAGCAGGAGGGGCAGCAAACCGCAGGUGGGGGGUCUCCGGAUACCUCGCCUGGAUAUUGGCGGCAAUGACAAAGGGAUGACUAUUAUUUGUGAAGAUGUGUACUCAGAGUGGUGUGUGUGUGUGUGUGUGUGUGUGUGUGUGUGCACGCGUGUGUCCCUGUGUGUGUGUGUCUUAUUAAUGGCAUUAGUCUCUUCUGGCUGUAUUUUUUUUUUUUUUAUCUUUUUAAAUGACAGAAGCUCCCACUCUAAGAAAUGGCAGUUCCUUUUGUUUUAUUGGCAAGUGGCACUUUCUCCUGUUUUCAGAAGGAUACAGACAUGCUCGUAGCUUAAAUUAACAGAUGCAUUCAAGCUAAGGAGGGAAUCUUGUGACUAAUAACUUUUCAAAUCUGAAAUUAGAUUAGUUUCCAGCCAUUUAUAGAAUCAUCUGGAACCAUGUGUCUCAAAGGUGUGUUUCUUCCACCUGCAUCAGACUGUCUGGGGGAUGGUGGUUCUUGUUUAAAAUGCAGAUUUGUGGGCCUGCUGCCACCUCCUGCGUGCGGUGCUUCAGGGCUGGCCCGGGCAUCUGUGUCUAAGCGAUGGUCUGCAGCCCUGGGCUCCCUGGGGUCUGAGGACCCAGCUCUGGCGGCACCCGGCAGGGAGGAGGUGCUUCCUGAGCGGAUGCCUGAGACAGACUGGGCUGGCAGAAGAGUAGGACUACAAUUUUUUUUUUUUUUUAAUCAUUUUGAAGGAAAACUUUCAUUUUUAGUGGGCCAGAGUACUUGGAGAAGGGUACUUUUUUAUAGCCCUAUGCUUGUUUUAUAAAACUUUUAAUACUAAAAACAUUAAUAGACCAAACAUCUCCAGCUGCACACCUUUGUACAUGUCUGAUGAUUCAGAGUUUAAAUGGCUGUAGUUACAAUUUCUCAGGUAAACAAUUGUUUUCUCCAAUUUUUACCAAUCCCUGCAUUAUUAGGAUAAAUUUUGAGACAGUGUAAAACCUCAAAGUACAGUAGGGUAAGUCCCAGUCCUGUUCACAUGAAAGCCAGAGGUGGCCCCUUCCCGGCAUCUGAUCGUCUGAUCAUGUGGGUGCCUGCGGCCCCGCCAUCCUUCCCUGUCCACUGCUGCCCCCCUGGGUCUGUUAAGAUUUGAGGGGUGCCCACUCGCUGGCUUUGUCCCCAUCCCACUGUUAAGUAAGGUGUGCCUUGCUUUAAGCAAACUGAAUGUGAAAAUUACGUUGUAGAAGUCUGGGUUUGUUUAAAAGAAAAACUGGGAUUUUAUCUCAUCUCUUUAAAAGAGGUCUCCCAAUUCGAUUCCUAUACUGGGACUCUUCCUGGUAUAUUUUUACAUGUUCACUUUUUAAAAACAUUGAUGUACUCCCAUCCUUUUACCACUACCCUAUCACAUUUGACAAGUUCUUGCUGUAAUGACGAAGCAAUUAACGAACACCCGGGGAGCAGUGGAAAGCUGCCCUCGUGUGUGAGAGCCCUUCGGUGACGCAAAGCCACCAUCCUGUUGUUUGUGUGUCCUAAGCUCAGAUUUUCCUGGUUUGGAUAAAUUUUGUAAAACUGGGCAUAGCUGUACUUUUAGAAAGGGAUUGUUUUCCAUAGGUUUUGGUUUUCUCUGGUUCAAGCAGUCUUUACAUGCACCUUUUUACUGCACAUCAGGGUCUCCCUUUUCUUUUCAGGAUGAUGUCGCUUUUCGGUGGUGGUCUCACACUCCUUUGAAUGAAUGUUUGCACUCUAGAACCACAAAUGAUGCGUGACCAUUGUACAGCUUGCCCAAGAGGGAACUGUUGGAAGCAGGCAGUGACCUCCACGCUGUUUGUUUGAGGCUGUCCUAAACUGCUAUCACUAAUGUUUACCCCGGUGACUGAGUGCCCAUUAGAACAGAUCAUGUCAUUUCAGUUCCUGUAGUGGGGUUAGUAGGUGGGGGGUUUUAUUGUUGUUGUUAUUUGUUACUUUUAUUGCUGUUAAAUGCAAAUAUUGCUAUUUAUUUUUUCCUUUCUGCUCUGGUUUGGUUUGGCCGACACAGAUAUUCCAGUGCAUGUGGUACCUAAUGGAUAUGAUAGAAAUUAUUUCCCCAACUUUUAUAAAUUACCUAAUGUUUACCUUCAAGUUUGCUGGAUGAUUUAUUUUUGAAAGCCACAAAUGUGAUUUUUCUGGAUGAAUUCUUUUUCUUAUAUAUGCAGCAAUGUAAUUUUACAUUGACCUGUGGGGUGGUUUAAAUUUUAUUUUUACAAGGCAGUUUUUCAGUCAAAUUAUAUAUUUGAUACAAUAUGCUAAGGAUAGACCGGCCACACGUCAGGCAGCCGGGACACCGGAGUGUCCCCAGGAGGCCUUUGGGGCUGGGGCGGCUUCUCGGCUGCUCGUGCUGGUCGCCCGUGGCUUUGUUCCCUGCGCCUCUGGGAACUGGAUGAGUCCUUCGGCGGGACUGUGACCCGCUGGACACUUGAAAGGAUUUUUCAUGGGCAUUUUCCUACACAUAAGGCAGUUCCGUUAGGAGGAGCUUUAGAAGUCGACAUAAUCCAGAUAGUGGACAAUCCCAGUGGCCCAGACAAGCCAUACGACAUUUUCCUGUGACCUCUCUCUGACCCAUCUCUCACGCUCAUGAGAAAAGGAAUGUACAAUAAACAGAAACAAACUUCCUCAGUGCCCAUGCACCUCACUUGCAGAACGCGAGUAUUUUAUUUAUGUUUGAAGCCCUUCCCCAAAGUGACCAAGUUGUUGCGCCCUAGCUGCCGUGCCAGCAGUCUCGUCCGCUGUGACGCUUUUCGGUGCGGACGCAGUGCACCUGUGACUUUGUCAUGGGGGUGCCCCUGUUACACACACACACACACACAUGCUGACUCUUUUUUGUGAGGAAAAUCUUCGACUCAAAAUAAUUGCACUGAUUUUUUGAGACAACUUCUUUUUACGAUGUCCCACUUCGCAUCUGCUGUACUUGUUUGAGAUGAUUGUAAAUAGAUUUAUGGUAGGAGAAGUGAUAUGAAUGCAACACGUGGCUCUGUUGUGGAGACACUGCCUCGUAUUCAGUAUUAUGUGUUAGAGCUAUGUGGACUUAACUCUGUUCCACCCUUUAGCUUCGUGUCUGUUGACCAUUUAUGAAGGACAAGUUCGCCUCAUUUUCUUUUUCUUCUGAAGGGAAGUUCUAGAUCUAUUACUAGGAGAACAUGGUCUCUCGGUGCCUGAUGAUUUAGUCCUAAGCAGACUCGUUGCAGUCUCAUGAACACUGUUGUGGUCUGUUUGAUUGCUCGUCGCUUACCAUGGCUCUCCAAAGCAUGGUCCUUGAGUUCCACCUAGCCUGGGACAGUCCGGACAGGAGGCAUCUGCUCCGCCCGCUACUAGGACGCGAGGGCCUCCUCGCGUCUCUGUGGUCAGAGUCAUUUUAAAGCCAUGAGGUCACUGUCGUGUCAAAGCUGUCAUUUGUGCCUGUUAUUUUGCUGGAGUAGCAGCGUGCGCUGUAGCUCCCAUGUGUCACUCUGUGGUCAGGCUACCCUGUGUCACACCCAGCAAGAAGUUUUUCAGCCCCAGACCAGUCUGUGUGUGUGUCCGAGUCACACCAGUGCCAUUACGGUGCCCUCGCUUAUGCUUCUUUCAGUAUGUUUUGCCAUGUUAUUGUCUAAAGUGAAUGUAUUGGCUUAGCCAAAUCACUACAGAAGGUGGUUCCUAAAUACCUUUUAGUUAAAAAAAAAAAAUGCAGAUAAAGGCUACCUCCGAAUUCUCAAUAGAUUCAUCAUGUUUGCUCUUAAGUGUAGCUGUCCACACUGAAAACAGCCAAUAUGUUGCCUGAAUAAACUGAAUUGUGAAUAUCUAUCUGUUCAGUUCUGGCUUGAAAAUGUGUGUGCCAUACUGUGACCCACGGGCAGCCCCUCCUCCUCUGCUGUGUCAGGUGGACCAGGGUCACCUCUGUGCUGCACAGCUUUGAGAUUCUAGGAUCCUACGGUCGGCACGAAUGGCAUGGGAGGGUUCUCUGCACAGGACGGCAUGCUGACCUGUAGGCUGGCAGGAGCCUGCGCAGGUAUGGCAGAAUCUUGAAACAGUCUGUGUCCUGCCUGGCUUUUCACUUUCCUGUUUAAUAUAAGAAAGCACUUUUUUUUCUGCUUUACCUACGAAUGGGUUGAAAAUGGCCUCCUCUGUCCUCUCCUCUCUUUUAUACACUCUGUAAAAUCACAAAGGUGCUUCAACACCGACUGUCGUGCAAAUAAUACAUUUAAAAUAGUUACAUGGUUUCAAGGACAAUGCAGGACGUAAUUGGCCUUUGACUUGGGGACCUCGGGUUACUCUCACUCCCUACUGCAAACAAACUAAGGAUUGAAAGCAAAGCAUUCUGUUCAAAUCCAGGGCCCUUUGUUUGAAAAGAACACAGGGCCCACAGCUGGUGUUUUGAAGUAGAAGUUCCCACUAGUGGCGCAGUGGACUGUCUGAUGCUGACUUGCAGGAAGUCGGUCCUGGGAGGCUCUGAACACCCCUCCCUGUGAUUAACCACUUUGCUGUCAGAAAUGUCAUUUUCCCCUACACUGUGCUAUGGGCCCGGGCCUCCUUCGCUUCUUUCUUUGGGUUCCAUAUGUUCCCCGAUCUUCAGGUUAGCGCUCGCCCCAAUUUCUCCAUGAGUUUACUUCUGAGUUGACAGGCGAUGGUCUGACAGUUGGAGGCGUCUGGGUGUUUGGAGGUGGCCCCGCUGUCAUGUUGGCUGCUCAUCAGACAUUGAGUUUGGCCCCGGCGGUUCUACUACGUCACUACCUGGAAGCAGUUGCCUUUAACACCCUGCUGUUUGGGGUUUCGAUGCUUUUUAUGCUACGUUGCGUGCUUUCAUUCCGGAAGAGCUAAGUGUCCUUUGCAGUCUCAGAAUGUUUUGUAAUUCUGCCACCAGGCUGUUCCAUGCGGACAGACCUCAAGAGGCUUGGGACCUCGUGGGUGUCCCACUGCCUGCUGGCCCAGGGUACAGGCUGCCUGGGUCCGCUGGGCUGGUCUUGGGGUGUCAGAAUCUGGUCCAGGGUGUUUCGAGGGGACACUGCACAGCUGCUUGCCCCUCGACUCAGUCAUGGGAGCUGCAGCACGCAGAUCCACCGCAAGCUUCCUGCACGCACAUCUCCGGAAUGCCGCACUGGGCCCUCCCACCAUCUUCGCGUUUGUGAGAAUUUACUCAGAAGUGAGAGAAUUGAAGAUUCCUGGUGCUUUUGUUAACACGUUUCUAUCUUAUUGGUUGGUGUGGAAAUGUUAGAUGUGUUGUUAGGUCUUUAAAUGCCGUGGGUGGUAUGACUAAAGGGUUAAGUCCUCACCUUACCCCCCAACCCCCUUUUGGGGAGUAGGAAGAGGCUGGAUUAUCUCCUAUUUAAAACCUCCUUGGAUUUAAGUAGUUCAGAGUUAAAGCUAAAACACCAAAUAUUAACUCUCCCCCAAGUGUCUCCAGGAACUGGACGUUGGGGCCAUUCUCAUUCAGUUCUUUCUGCAGCUUCAAGGUCCUUAAAAUGAGUGAGUUGAUCCCAAGAACACCCCACAGCACCAACUAGCAGGGCACAGUGCAGGCGACUUCAUAGAUCGGGGUGCUCGUGUAGGGGUCCGGGGCUCCUUUGAACUCUGGGAGUUGUGUGCGCAGUCUUGGGUGGGAGAUGGCAGGUCCCUCUGUCCCAAGAAGCUGGUGGUGCCAAGGCCUUCCUCUGUCUCCGUCGGUGCCAGCCUGAUCGCAUUCUGGAAGACCCAGUCUCAGACUCUGUGCCUUUAAAGUCCAGUCCUCAGUGUCCUUUCAGAAUCAUGUUGGGGCUGCGUUUCUCUGGGGAACUAAGCCUGUGCCAUUCCACAAGGCAGGCGUGGACCUCCAGCCUUGGAAGCUUUCUUUCCGCUCCUCAGCCCCUGACUUGUAAACUGUGAUGCCAUGCAGUCUGGAGCCGCGGGGGACGCACUUGGUCUCAUUGAGGAAAACAGUUGGUUCCAGUCGUGUGGUUUCUCCCAUACCCUGACCAAGUCCACCUCUGCCAGGAUUGCAGGAGAUUGGUGCAAGACCCAUCUCUUAUGUGUUGACCAUGGCCAUCAGCAAAGCCUGGUGGUCUUGUUCUCAUAGUCACUCGAGAAGAAUAUUUAUUGUAAUGGAAGUAGAUUUUUUAAAAAGGAAUUGGAAUCCUGUCUUUGUAGAAUGUGUGUGAAGUCCUCAGCUGUAAGGUGCUAUUCAGUCCUGUGACCCUUAUUUUGGAAUGCUCUUCAUUACUGUUGCUCUGUUUUGUGACUUCCUGGGAAACCGCUUACUUUGGUGUGGUGUCACCUUGAGCUGUGCACAUAGGACACCAGUUUUGACUUACCUAACAGGCAGUUUUUAUCUCUAGCUUUUUCAAGCCAGGUAUUGAGCAGUUUCUUGGCCAAUGGCCUGAGAAACCACCUUUCCCUAUCAAGGGGUGAUUUUAUUGAUUAUAAGUGGGGAAGUAAUCCCAUGUACUUAUUUCUUAAAUACCUAGAAAGUUCUUCUUGGUGACUCCUCUUGGCCCUCUCCUCUUUCUCCCCCAACCCACCAUCCUGAAAGGCAAGGAAUGGCCUCUCCCUCCGCAGAGGCAAAGGCUGCGGAGGGAGCACUGUGGCGGCAAUCCCAGUUCCUCUUCAAAGCCAAACAGACAGGCGCGACUCAAAUCCUACACGAUGGAGGGUGGCGUUGCGUUGCAAUUCCAGGCCUGAGUUUGAUAGUGGAUUUUAAUGUAGUUGUUAAAGGUAUGAAUUCAUGUUUUAUAACUGUAGAGGCAAGCAAGUUUUUAUUUUUUAAAAAGUUUUGAGAGAAUAAUUUAUAAGUUUCUGUGCAGCAAAGUGGCUAAUUACUCAUUAAAUACAGGAAAAGAAUGUAGUAUCUAAAUCCAGCUUUUUCUUACCUCUGGUACACUUCAGAUUACUUACCUAAUACAUAUUGAGGGGUUUUAACCCUUAGUUUUAUCAAUUUUUCUAGUUUUAUUUUAUUUUUAUAAAAUAAUUGAAAAAGAACCAAAAAUGAAUUCAAAAGUUCCAUAGAUGGAUUUUUGCCCCUUCUUAAUUUUCCCCCACAAUGAAAACAUUUUAGAAGACAUUUUGAAUCAAAAUGUAUUAUGACCAUUGAAAGUUCUCUAUUUUCUAAGAAGCUGAGCAGCUCCAAGGGCCUCGUUUCAGGUGGUACUCUAUGUAUUGUCUAUGGGCUUGUUUCUACCUGUACAGUGGAACCACGUGACCAUGUCUUGUGCUUGCAAUAUAGAAACCACGGAGUGCUGUUUUGUGAAUUGACAGUUUCUGUAUAAACUCUUAUUUAUAUACAUUGGCCUCUCUGUAUGAUUUUCUAUUUGCUACAUGAAUUGUAAAAUUAAUUAUAAAAUUAUAGUACCUGCUAAAUACAAUUCUGAGGCUUCAUGUCAUUGUCUUUAGUUGAAUACCAUGCUGUGUGUCUUGAAAAUGUCCACGCUUGCAUGAUGCUAGGUGGCAAUGCCACUUCAAGCCUUAAUCAGAUGUUAAAUUUGUGAGUUUCAGAGUAUGCAAAAAUAUUAGGCAGAGUGAGUGUAAACUGUUCAGAUCAAGAUGCUGUAUCAUAAUUCAAGUUAUUUUUUCUGGAGUUAAAGGGAAGCAUUCAGUGAUACACCUCUCUCUCUUUUUCUCUCUCUUUCUCCCCCCCACCCCCCGCCCCGUCUCUCUUUCUCUCUCUUGUCUAGCUUGGCUAUGGCCAUAGCUUGAUGAAAAUGGACCAUUGUGCAUUUCUGUGACAGUCAAGAAGACCUGUUCUAAAAGUCUUGCGACUUUUUCAGGGUUUUUUUUUUUGUUUUUUUUUUUUUAAUGUUUCUUUUUUUUCUUUCCCCUCCAGUCUGAGAUUUCUGUGUGGCUGAUGGAGAGUGUAAUUUGGGCGUAGGUCUUAUUUGCAAACCUGCUCAUGUUCUAAGCUUUCUUCAGGUAGUACCACCUGUCAUCGCUUCUGCAUAUGAUUUAAAUGGAUUUUUGUUUUUAUAAAAGUAUCUAUCAUAAAUUUAGAGAUAAAAUGGAGGGGACCCAGCUUUCUUUACAAUGUGGAUCUACCUCAGUUAAACAGUUGGGUGCUAUUACUAAGUCUGUCAAAUUAAAUUGGAAAAAGUAACCAAACAGUGAGAUACAACUCCACAUGAAACUUGAAAUUGUAAUUUCCGUUUAUUUAAUGAUAUUUUUAUUUAUUUGUGCCUUUUAUGUUGAACCCCAAUGCAUUGAAAAAAAUCAGUAUGAAACAGUACGUAUUUUAUUUAUAUUACAGGUGGGGAGAAAAGUCCAAUUGGUCAUGGAAUUUGAUAGACUUUUCCCCAGCCAUAGACUUUUCCCCAGUGUAUUAUAAUCCCGACUGCCCCCUGUGAAAAGAAAACAAAAUGUCCAAGAGCAAAUUUAACAUUUUACAAACAAUAAAGUCCAAACUCCUCUAUGCACAUAUUUAUAGGUUAUGACUUCAUUUUCUGUGCCAGUGAAGGGGUGGCCAGAAAAAAAUUCCCAAGUACCCUCAUCAUUGCUUUUCUAGCCAUUCAUGCCCCCUCUUCCUCUGGCACAUUUUCUAAGAGUUUAUUUCAUAAGCAGCAAACGGACUGUUGUCGAUUUCAUCUCUCCUGACCUACCUGGUGGAGGUGCUAAUGGCCAUGGACAGAAAGGGGCGAGCCAGAGCUCGUGGCUUUGUGGAGGCAGAGGCCUGCAUUCAGCAGCGGCCCUGUGUGCCUGUAAAUUAGGAAGGCUUUCUGACAGGUAAGAAAAUGAGACAGGUUGAUGACUUACCAUGCUUUUAUAUUUGGCAGUUUACAAUUCUAGACUUUUCCUACUAUGGCGAUCUUUUUUUACUUAAUUCUUUGGAGGUAACAAUAUUUUGGAGUCUUAAGAAUUUGAUUUUAUACCGAUAAGAAAUAAAAAUUAGGGAUCUUUCCUGUAGUAUAUAGUUUUACUAUUUUAAAGAGAUCUCUGAAUUUUACAAAAGAACCAACAUUCCUUAAUGGCAGAACUUUGAAAGUUGAUUUGGGAGGCUUUUUGCUGCAGGAUCUCAAAAAUAAAAAGAGAGAGAGAUGAUUCUCCUUAAAUGUUUUUAAUUUUCUAACUUCCAUCAGGUUGAUACUUAAGCUCUAUUUUGUAAAGAGUAAAUCAUCCUUUAGUAUGCUGCAUAAGAUGAUCAGCAUUCUUGCACUUUCUCAGUAAUAAGACGUGCCAGGCAAUUGGCUCCCCAGGACGCAUUGUGUUUUUAACCUAACGAGAGGACUUUGGGGCAGGUGAUUAAAUUUAUAUAGGUACCUCAAGAAAAAGAACCUGAAUAUGCUGCAUUUUCUUUCUUUAGCUUUUACAUGUAGCAUUUUGUUUUGCUUUUGUUAUUUUUGUUUAGAUAUAUGCUUUUUGGACCCCAAUAGACUGUUGAAAGAAAUUUAAAAAUUACUCUUGUAGGGAUGUAGUAUCCUUAAAAAAUAAAAAUAAAAAAAUUUAAAAAAAAAUUGCUGCAAUAUCUGGCUCGAAGGUUGCCCUAUAUUAGAAUAAUACUUUAGCCAAAUACACCCGAGGAGGCAGACACUAUGUUUAUAAGCAGACAAUAAUGUUCUGAAUCCUUCCUGUUCAUGCUGCUUUCUUAAUUCGUUUCUCCAUGUCAUCAAGAGGUUGGAUAACUUAUUUCUAAGCUCAAGGUUAAAAAUCAUGUUACCUUUUUUUUUCCCCCCCCCAACACAGACCUCAGAAAAAUUGCGAUUGAGGAAGUAGCAUGAUCCUAAAUGUGUUGCUGAAAUCAGGCAGCCUGAGCCUCUGGUCUCUCCAGAGAGCCCGUCUUCACGUUUCUCUAUUCCUCAGCACUCACCCGAAACUGAACAGAUGGGGAGUGGUCUUGAUUGUCAAGAUAAAACUGGUGAAGAAAGCUAAAUGCUGAGAAACUGAGCAUCUAGUGUCGUGUUUAAGCUUAGCUGGGUCCUUUCUAGUUUGUUUUUACAGCUUACUAGGUUAAGUAGUUUGCACUAUUUUUGCAAUAAAUUCAUGGAAAACCUAACAGUUACUUGUUUUGUUUCUUACUGUGUGUAUAUAAACUAAUACUAAAAGUUUGGCAUAGUGUUUUUUCACCUCCUUACAUAACCCUUAACAUGCACAGAAUGCUGUAAAGCUGAUAAAAUAUGAUGUGAAUGAUAUUUUAUAAAGUUAUUUUGUAUGGUGUCAAUUUUGUUUUGCCUCAUAGUAUGUCAGCAAAAAAUUAAAUAAAAGUGCUCCUAUUUA